AUCACGCGCGCACACCCCGCCCACCUCGCACACCGAGCGAGCGCUUCGUCCAGCGCUAACGGUGUUGCGUCUCCCUCUAUGUUAAUCGUAUAAAAUUCUCUUCUGAUGGGUGAACAAAAUUUUCGAAUUCAGAACGAUAUCUUGGUUUCAGUUCUGCGUGCAAGCAUUCGAUAGGAACGACGAGCAGCGCAUGAAACAUUUCCGUGACUGGCAUCGCCGAUACCUGGAGCAUGGCUUUAAUUGGAGGCUCUCACCAUGGACCUGAGGCUAGAACCUCGAAUUCCCUUCGAAUUGGAAUCGUACAACCAUUGCUCACUGACCUUUACCAAAUCACAAUGGCGUACGCGUACUGGAAGAAUGGCAAGCACAACGAUUGUUCUGUGUUCGACCUCUUCUUUCGCAAGAACCCGUUCCAAGGAGAAUUUACGGUCUUUGCUGGCCUCGAGGACUGCAUUAGAUUUCUGCAAGCGUUUCACUACUCAGAUGACGACAUCACGUACCUGAAGAACAUCUUGCCACCUCACGUGGAGCCCGGCUUUUUUGAGUACCUCUCCACCCUGAAUGCGAAUCAGGUCAAAUUAUACGGUAUACCGGAAGGUACCGUUGUCUUCCCAAGGAUACCUCUCAUCCGAGUUGAAGGGCCGUUGGCUGUAUUGCAGCUGUUUGAGACUACCCUGCUGAACCUAGUCAAUUAUGCGAGUCUAGUGACAACGAAUGCUGCCAGGUUCAGGAUGGCUGCGGGCUCUAAGAUGUCCCUCCUCGAGUUUGGUCUGAGAAGGGCACAGGGUCCCGACGGAGGGCUCUCCGCUUCAAAAUAUUCAUACCUCGGAGGGUUUGAUGGCACCAGUAAUGUUCUUGCCGGCAAGUUGUUCAACAUUCCCCUGAAAGGCACACAUGCGCAUGCAUUUAUAAUGAGCUUUUCGUCGAAAGCAGAUUGUAAAGUACAGAGGCUGAAAACCGCCAAUGGAGAAAACGAGGUGGACUUCCUGGAACUGUGCUACAAGUGGCGCAAAACACUUUGCGCAGAUUUCAACUGCCUGGAGGAGGAAGCAAGUGAGGGGGAGUUCAUAGCCUUUGUUUCCUACGCUGCUGCAUUCCCGACGACAUUCCUUGCAUUGGUGGACACCUACGAUGUGAUCAGGACCAGUAGCAUAAACAAGGCGAGCGCAUCCGAAAGUAUACUACAUCAUGCAGACGACACUGCCAGGAGUGGUCUGUUGAACUUCUCGGCUGUCGCAAUGGCCUUGAACGAGCUUGGCUACAGACCGACGGGCAUUCGCAUUGACAGCGGAGAUUUGGCUUAUCUCUCAAAGUGUGCCAGCGAGCUAUUUGGCAAGGUGGCCGAAAAAUACAGCCAGCCGUGGUUCAAGAGCCUUCUUAUUGUUGCCAGUAAUGACAUUAACGAGGAGACCAUCAUAUCUUUGAACGAACAGGUGUGCAUACCUUACCUUUCUCAGGGGCACAGAAUAAAUAGCUUUGGCAUAGGAACGCACCUUGUGACAUGUCAGAAGCAGCCGGCGUUAGGAUGUGUCUACAAGCUCGUUGAAGUGAACAACCAGUCCUGCAUCAAGCUCAGCUUGGACAUUCAGAAGGUGACAAUUCCUUCGAAGAAAGCUUGCUUCAGACUUUAUGGACAAGAAGGCUAUGCCCUUUUAGAUUUGAUGCAGAGAGGAAUAGAACCUGCACCCGAAAAAGGGAAGAGGGUCCUUUGCCGACAUCCAUUUCAGGAAUCGAAGAGAUGUUACGUCACUCCGGACAAAGUUGAAAAUCUGUCCCAGCUCUGGUGGGAGCAUGGAAAAAUUGUGCAAGACCUGCCCUCCCUGGAUGAGAUUAGGUCGCGUCUAAGAUCAUCACUUGAGACCCUUAGGCCUGACAUCAAACGUACCCUCAACCCCACACCUUACAAGGUGUCCGUCUCUGACACACUGUACUCCUUCAUGCAUGACCUCUGGCUGCGUAACGCUCCCAUUGGAGAGCUGUCCUGAAAACGACACGCUGCACGUGUUUUGUGGGAACUCUGGUAAUUUUAUGCGUAAUUGCACUUGUUCCUUAAGUACUGUCGAAAUGCAAGAUUGCUUGUGACUCUUUAGUUUUAGCGAAUACGUUGACGAGAUUUUAAUAUUGCCUUCACAAGUCUUUCAUUGUUGUCACUCUGCAAAGGUUUUUACAUUGCUUGCACGUGCAAAUCCUUUAAUAUGUACUUAACAUUUAUGAUGACAAGUCGUGGGAAGGUACUAUUAUUCUAUGUAUUACAUCCAUUGUGGUGUAUAUGCUAUACUUUGCCUUUGCCAGUGAUUUGUUCAUUGUAGAGAAUAUGUGAGGGGACUGUUGCAGAAGAGAUAUUUCUUUCGUGUAUAAUAUCCAGACGAUAAUGUAUAAGGGUUCUACAAAAUGGCUAAGUUGUGUACGUUCUUUCCGCACGUUACGAGAAAUUGUGUAGGGAACCUUUUCAGCACUUUGUAUUCGAGAUAUUUGUGGUCACUGUGUUAAGACUAUAGCUUUUAGGAGGCAGGACUGUAAAAUACAAUUUUUAAAGAAAAAUAAUGAAUGACUGUGACUGUGUGUGCUCUUGUUCACAAGCUUUUUAUUGACAUUACCUGCGAUGUACAACUGUAGGUUGUACCACAUUUUCUGACAAUUGGAAUGCGGUUCCUCAAAAUGUGUAAUUGAGUUAUUCCGAUAUCAAAUAUAUCAAUUGAAACAAUGGAGUAUUUUAAUCACAUUCUGAAAUUUUUGCGAGGACAACGAUCUCCAGCAUUGACGUAAUACCUGAGGAUCUGUUAUCAUCCUGCCAAUUGUAGCGGACAAGUAUGUUAAACCGUCGUUAUAACGCAGCUAAUGGGAACGGAAGAAAAAUUGAUACAAUCAGGAGUUUGAUAGAAGUGAAGAUACCAGAAAAUCGUUGGCAGUUGUAUCAGAGGUGUGUGAAAACAAAGUGGGAGCCAUGGGAGAAGUCUCUUGUCAAGCAAAAAAAAAAAACCAUUGGUGGUGAAUGCAACCACCUUGCAGAAUGGUAUGUUCCCCUUCUUGGUUUGUAGAAAAUGGGAGGCGUACGCCCCCACUCUCUCCUCAAAUCAGAAGUGCUAACUGUGUCAUACGGGUAAUUGGUUGGCUGAAAGCGACACACAAAUGCAUGUAUUUCGUCUGAGACAGCGUGUAACUUCGAAUAAAGCAGUCAUCUAAGAAAACUGA